UUUUCCAUCCAGGAUUCCUUGCAGCCACUCCAGCUAGGCUGCAGAGGCGCCAGUGCCUCUAGGACCCCGGGUUCCUUUCUGUUUCUUUAUGAAUGAACAGACUCAGGUCUACGCAUGCGCACCUCCCAGAGCUCCGCUCCACGUGAGGCCCACCAGUCCCUCCUGCCGGGGGCCCCGCCCUCCCUAUUCUAAUGGACCAAUGGAGCGCCGUCUAGGGGGCGGAGCCUGGAGCCGCGAGGCCGGGUGGUUCCCCCGGCGCCCGCUGCCUCACUAGUCGGUCCGCUGUGUUGUGGUCACGUGGCCCGGUCUGGGCGCGGCGCUUGUUUUGGUUUUCCUUUAGCUUGCCCCCGGGAGCUUGGCGGCAGGCGCCUUCCCGGCACCGGUUCCGGCGCUGCCCGCACCCUGGCACCUCUUCGGGCUCCCUCGGCCCGCGGAUCGGCGAGCCCCGGGGCGGCGUCCUGUCAUGCCGCUGGUCCGCUACAGGAAAGUGGUUAUCCUCGGGUACCGCUCCGUAGGGAAGACAUCUUUGGCACAUCAAUUCGUGGAAGGCGAGUUCUUGGAAGGCUACGAUCCUACAGUUGAAAAUACUUACAGCAAGAUAGUGACUCUUGGCAAAGAUGAGUUUCACCUACACCUGGUGGACACAGCAGGGCAGGAUGAGUACAGCAUUCUGCCCUAUUCAUUCAUCAUUGGGGUCCACGGUUAUGUGCUUGUGUAUUCUGUCACCUCUCUUCAUAGCUUCCGAGUCAUCCAGAGUCUAUACCAAAAGCUGCAUGAAUGCCAUGGUAAAACCCGGCUGCCGGUGGUGCUAGUGGGGAACAAGGCAGAUCUGUCUCCAGACAGAGAGGUGCAGGCAAUUGAAGGAAAGAAGUUAGCAGAGUCCUGGGGUGCGACGUUCAUGGAGUCAUCUGCUCGAGAGAAUCAGCUAGCCCAAGGCAUCUUCACCAAAGUCAUCCAGGAGAUUGCUCGUGUGGAGAAUUCCUAUGGGCAAGAGCGUCGAUGCUGUCUCAUGUGAGCCCUCACAGCCUUGUUUCUGCUGCAGGUGCCUGCUAACCUCCAAUGGGGGGCAGACCUCAGGACUUAAUGGGUAUGGUUGCCAACUGUGUCACUGGCCCUCUGGCACACAGUGUGGUAUCCUCAUCUUUGCACACUCUUCCCAGGCUCCUGUAGCCUGGUUGUCAAUGUUUACAAAGGGGCAAAGAUGUCUCUUGGACACUGGCUUCUAGCUCCUUGUUUUUCUAAAUGAACUGUUACAAUCUGCAGGGUUAGGGUAUGAGUCCGGGGCAUUAUUUAUCCAGGACCCACCCUCCUGUAUAGGUUUUCUGUAUUGAUUGGGUAAGGAGGGCUGGGAGUUCUAAAGUAGAGCUGGCUCUUGGGGUGACAAUGUAUAUUUGCAAAUAAACUAAAAAAUGUUU